AUGGCCGAACCAGAGAAGAAGAUCGCAAGAGAGGACAUUCAGCCCAUUGGCAAGGAUGACGUGGCUAUCGGUAGUGUCGCUGAGAUGAAGAACGAGUCGGGAGAAAGUCUGCCCAACGACCAAUUUCAGAAUGAACUCAACGUCACCGUCGACGAUUACGUUCAUGCAAGAGAGGAAGCCAACAAUUUCACCCUUGAGGAAACCAGGACCAUGAUGGAAUCGGUCUGGAAGAUUCACGAGCUCGACCCCAACUUCCCGGACAGCAUUCUGGACAAGAUUAGGGAGUUCUUAUUCAACGAGGAUGUGUUUAUCAACCCCGAGAAGCAUGCCGACCUCAUUUCGGAAAUCAAGAUCGAAGCCGCUUUGAUUGUCAACAACUCUCCUUACGCCGAAGUCAGAGCCGUUGUCGACAACACUGAUGAUCCCAACAUGCCUUGCGCGUCACUUCGUGCAUACAUUAUUGGACUGCUCUUCGUCACCUUGCUUGCCUUCAUCAACCAGCUGUUCUCCAUCAGACAGCCUUCGAUUACCGUCGAAGCAAACGUUGCACAACUGCUCGCAUAUCCCGUUGGAGUUGCUUGCGCGAAAUGGCUUCCAGACGUAGGCUUCACCUUGUUCGGCUCACGUCACAGUCUGAACCCCGGACCGUUCUCCAAGAAGGAACACAUGUUGAUCACUAUCAUGGCCAAGGUCGGAGCUAACCUCCCUUACACUGACUACGUCGUCUGGGUACAAUUCCUUCCCCACAUGUUCAACCAAAGCUGGGCUAGCUCCUUUGCCUACCAGAUCGUCAUCGCUCUUGGUACCAACUUCAUUGGUUUCGGUCUUGCUGGUAUAUGCCGUCGCUUCCUCGUAUACCCAGCUUACUGUGUGUGGCCUACCUCGCUUGUUACCAUGGCCCUCAACAACUCUUUCCACGACAGCUCCAACCCUUCUGUCAUGGGACCUUUCAAGAAAGUCCUUACAAUGUCAAGGCUGAAGUUCUUCGUCUUGACCUUCACUGCCAUGUUCUUCUACUUCUGGUUCCCUAAUUUCAUCUUUGAGGCUCUGAGUAUCUUCAACUGGAUUAACUGGAUUGCACCAAACAAUCUUCACCUCUCCACCAUCACUGGUAUGAACAACGGACUUGGUAUUAAUCCUUUCCCCACGUUUGACUGGAACAUCUUGCUCUGGGAUCAGAUGGACCCUCUAAUGGUACCCUUCUUCAACACUGUCAACCGCUUCGCUGGUCUAGUCAUAUCCGCUUUCGCCGUUCUUGGUGUUUGGUACAGCAACACCUUCAACACUGGUUACCUGCCUAUCAACUCGAACAAAGUCUUCGAUCACUUUGGCAAAUUCUACAACGUUACUCGCACCCUUGAUGACCGCGGCUUCUUCGAUGCUGAGAAGUACACUGAUUACUCGCCCGCUUAUAUGAGCGCCGCGAACUUGACUGUCUACGCUUGCUUCUUUGCCAUCUACACAGCCACCAUCUCCUACGCCAUCAUGUACCACCGUCACGAAAUCGCCAUGGGCUUCAAGAACAUGUUUAAGCGUGGUGACAAGAACGAGUACAACGACGUCCACAACCGUCUGAUGUCUGUCUACCCCGAAGUCCCCGAAUGGUGGUACCUGAUCUGUCUCUGCAUUUCCAUCGCCUUUGGUUGCGCCGGUAUCGCCGCAUGGCCAACAUAUACCACUGUCGGUGUCGUCUUCUACGGUCUGGCUCUCUGUCUUGUCUUUGUCAUUCCCAUUGGAAUUAUCAGAGCCAUCACCGGUAUCCAAGUCACUCUCAACGUCUUGGCUGAGUUCAUUGGCGGUGCUUGGGUCGAGGGUAACGCUCUUGCCAUGAACUUCUUCAAGUCUUUCGGCUAUGUUACUUGUGCUCACACCAUUCAAUUCUUGAACGACCUGAAGCUUGCCCACUACUCCAAGAUUCCUCCUCGCCAUGCCUUCUGGGCACAAAUGGUUGCUUGCCUCGUCUCCACCUUUGUCUGCACUGGUGUCCUCAACUUCCAGAUUCACAUCAAGGAUGUCUGUACUACUGACGCACCCAACCGUUUCUACUGCCCUGGUAACAACACCUUCUUCACUGCUUCUGUGCUUUGGGGUACUCUUGGCCCUCACAAGGUCUUUGGUAAGGGUGGUCUCUACACUCUUCUUCUCAUCGGUUUCCCUGUCGGUCUGGUCGUUCCUCCCAUCCUUUACUACGUCACCCGCCGUUUUCCCCAGAAGAAGUGGCUGCGCCAGAUCCACCCUAUCGCCAUCAUCUACGGUGGUCUCACCUGGGCUCCUUACAACUUUGCCUACGUCUGGCCUCAGGUCCCGAUUGGUUUCAUCGCAAUGGUUUGGCUUAAGAGCCGCUACCUUGCUUGCUGGUCCAAGUACAACUAUGUGCUCAGCGCUUCUUGGUCCGCUGCCAUUGGUAUCUCUGCCAUCAUCAUUUUCUUCAGUGUCCAGUACUCUGGAAAGGUUAGUCUUGACUGGUGGGGCAACAAUGUCUCGUACCAGGGUUGCGAAAGCACUGCUUGCAGAAGACUCACGCUCGCUGAUGGAGAAUUCUUUGGUCCCAGAACUUGGUAA